CCUUACACUGAAUUUAGUCCUACUCUUUCACGGUUUCACCCCUAUGUCCCAAUCCUUCUCCCUCUUUCCAAGCAGCAUCUUCCCCCCCACCUCCCCCUCCUUAUAUUCCCUCUCUCCCCAUACCAAUUCCAACACCAAUACUUCUUCAACUUUCUUCUCUCUUCACCUUCUUCUUCACAUACACAAUUCAAUACUCAACUCAUCAUGUUUGUCGAAGAUCGUGAUUCCGAUUCUAAACCGAUCGUCAUACGCGAAGUUUGGGCUUCCAACUUGGAAUCCGAGUUCAAUUUGAUCAGUCAAAUCAUCGAUGAAUUCCCGUUUAUUUCCAUGGACACGGAGUUUCCCGGUAUUAUUUUCCGACCGUCAGUCGACCUGGCCAGACCUCACUACCCUCAACGCCAGCCCUCCGAUCACUACGAGAUGUUGAAAUCUAACGUUGAUGCUCUCAACUUGAUCCAGGUCGGUCUAACACUCUCUGAUUCUUCCGGUAGCUUGCCGGAUUUGGGUACCGGUAACCGUUACAUAUGGGAAUUCAACUUCCGGGAUUUUGACGUCGCGACUGAUGCUCACGCGCCUGAUUCGAUUGAGUUGCUGAGACAGCAAGGGAUUGAUUUUGAAAGAAACAGAGAGCAGGGAGUUGACUCGGUCCGGUUCGCUGAGUUGAUGAUGUCGUCGGGGCUCGUGUGUAAUGAGUCGGUGAGUUGGGUAACGUUUCACAGCGCGUAUGAUUUUGGCUACUUGGUGAAGAUCCUCACGCGCCGAAGUUUGCCCAGUGGCUUAGAUAAGUUUUUGAUGAUAUUGAGGGUGUUUUUUGGAAAUAAUGUUUAUGAUAUCAAACAUAUGAUGCGGUUUUGUAGAAGUUUGUACGGUGGGCUGGACCGGGUGGCCCGGAUAUUGGAGGUGAACCGGGCGGUUGGGAAGUGUCACCAAGCGGGUUCUGAUAGCCUGCUGACGUGGCAUGCUUUUCAAAAGAUGAGGGAUAUGUAUUUUGUGAAUGACGGGCCGGAAAAACAUGCGGGCGUGUUGUAUGGAUUAGAAGUGUAUUAAGUUUAUGGUUUAGCUAUAUUAUAUUAAUUCUUUUUUACAAAGUAAAUUAAUAAGGAAUUUAAUUGAUGAUUUAAUUA